AUGCUCAAGGUCGCGCGCGCGGGGCCGGGCAAGAAGCACGUCACCGUGAAGCGCCGGGGCCUCGGCGCCGCGCCCUACCUGAAGAAGGCGCCCCACAACAAGCUCUUGGACGCGUCCGCGGACCCGCACCGCGACCUCGACCUGUCGUACGCGACGCUGUCGAAGCAGCUCUCGGACUUCGACGUCGUCGCCCUCAAGUGGUCGCCCUACGAGCAGGACCGUCUGGUGUCCUGCGGCCGCGAGAACGUGCGGUUCUGGCGCCUCAAGCACGGCCACCUGCCGGGCUGCCCGGGCGCGCUCCACGAGUACGCGCGCGACGCGACGUUCACGGACCUGUGCUUCGAGCCCGUCUACGGCGCGCGCGACGGGCUCGACGUCGCCGACGCGCUGCGGGCGGCCAACGACCCGGGGGCCUGCGUCGAGGACGUGCUGAGCCGCGGCGACAAGGUCGUCUUCGUCGCCGCGACGUCGGGCCACGUGCUCCAAUUGAGCUACGCGCAGCGCGCGCUGCUCUGCGUGCUGCGCCUCCACGACGGCCCCAUCCGGCGCGUCGACGCGACGCCGGGCUACGUCGUCACGGCGUCGGACGACUGCUACGUGCGCCUCUGGCCGCUGGACUUUAGCGACUACCUCAUGGAGGCGAAGCACGAGGCGCCCGUCGUCGACGUCGCCGUCGCGCCGGACGGGUUGAAGAUCGCCUGCGGCACGUCGCGGGGCUCGCUGGGCGUGCUCGACGUGUCGGCCCACGGCUACUCCACGCUCGUGCGGAGCCACGUGGGGGCCGUCUUCGACGUCGCGCACGCGGACGUCGGCGGAAGAUUCGCGACGUGCGGGAAAGACGGCACGAUCCGCGUCUGGGACGAGAUCAACGGCGGCCAGCUCGCGGAGUUCGCGUCGCCCAGCGACGAGCCCCUGUCGCUCGCCUGGCGGCCGAACUUCGACCCGGGCACGCUCCUGUGCCGAAUUCAACCACUGGUUUGGGGGGUCCUGACCAAACUUGAGAGCUCUCUAGCUCGGUCACAUCGAAGCACGCUCGCGGUGGGCUUCGCGUCCGGAAGCGUCCGCGUCUUCGACGUCGCGGUCGUGCGCACGGUCAAGGAGCUCAAGCAGCACCGCGGGCCCGUGACGUCCGUCGCCUUCCGGAACGAGUUCAUGUACACGGGCGCGCGCGACGGCCACGUCGUCCUCUACGCGUGCGGCGACGACUACGCGCCGCUCAAGAUGGUCAACGUCGACGCGGCGCUGCCGCCCAACUCCUGGGGCGGGUCCGUCGAAGAGAAGGUCGCCGUCGCCGUGUCGCCGCACCACGGCGUCGUCGCGGCCGUGUCGAGCCGCGACCCCGUCAAGGUGUCGCUCUUCGACGGCGACUCGCUCGACCGCGCGCCGCUCGCGGUGGACCUCGCGGAGUCCAAGUGGUCCGUGAGCCCGCUGGAGGACGUCUUCUGGGCCACGGACCGGCCCAUGACGCUCUACUGCGUCGAGGAGGACGGCGGUGUCUACUGCGUCGACCUCGCGCGGCAGAAUUUGGGGUUCGCGGCGUCGCCGGCGGCCGACGGCGCCGCGCCGCCGCGGCGGAACCGGCGCGCGUCGUUCCUCGUGGGUCUGGACGUGCGCCGCGUCGUCGCCACGGAGCGGUCCGAGGCGUCCAAGUUCGACGCGGCCUUCUUCGCGCAGGGGUCCAACCAAACGCAGCACGCGCGCGACGCGCUCUGCUGCCUCUCCACCGACGGGACCGUUCUCGUGACGUCCAAGGAGACGGACAAGCGCAUCAUCUGCGCGCGCCCCACGGACGGCCGCUCCGCGGCGAACGCGGCCGCGGAGAUCGACGAGCACGGGGGCAAGCUCACGUGCGCCGCGUUCUCGCCGAGCGACCGCCUCGUGACCUGCGACGACAACGGCGGCGUCUGCGUCUGGGACGUGAAGCGCAGCGACCCGCCGCCGGUCUUUGAGUUGGCGACGGCCGCGUCCGCGGAGCUCGCGCAGUCGGGCUGCUUCGGCGACGACGACGCGGCGUCCGGCUACGGCAGCGAGGAGCGCUUCGAGGUCUCCGCGCCGACGCCGCGGGAGGCGCUCAACUACGACGGCGCGCCGGACGCGGACACGGAGCCGCCGAAGACCGAGGACCUCGGCGCCUGGUUCUUCGACUCGAGCCCGCCGCCGCGCGAACCGUCGGGAGACCCGCGGAACGCGGGCUGCGCGCUCCUGCUCGAGGCCAAGCUCGAGACGGGCCUCGUGGCCUGGACGGGCGCGGACCUCGCCUGCGCCGACGCCGACGGCCGCGUGCGCGUCGUCGACGCGGGCCGGCCGCCGUCGCGGCGCGCGGCGGACGCGACGCUCGACUACGCGGGCGCCGACGCGCCGGGCCGCCGCGUGACGGUCAUGCGCGCCCACGGCGACCUGCUCGCCGUGGGCUUCGACAAGUCGCCGACGUUGGUCGUCUUCGCGGAGCGGCGCGUCGUGCCCCUGAGCGUCAAGCUGCCCGACGGCUGCGCGGGUCUGGCGUUCGCGGCGCGCGGCGACCUCCUCUUCGCGGCGCACGGGUCCCGCGUCGCCUGCUACGCCGCGCGGCGCGGCCUGCUCCAGCGGUCCGUCGACGCCGGCGACGCCGUCGUCGGCCUCGCGGCGCUCGGGGCGAGCGGCGCGGCCGCGCUGCACGCGUCGGGCGCCGCGUCGACGUUCGCCCUGGCCGCGGACAAGAACCUCGUCCAGAGCCCCGCGCCCCACGUCGCCGACGCGACGGCGCUGGCGCCCUUCCGCGGCGACCGGCUCGUCGCCGCGGCGCGGAGCGGGGACCUGCUCUUCCCGGCGAACGCGUUCCCCGCGGGCGCCGCGGGCGCGGCCGCGCUCGCGACGGGCGAGCGCGUCGUCCUCGUCGCGCUCCCGGACCGCCUCGACGUCUGGGCCGUCGCCGACGAGGCGAGCGACGGCGUCGUCAGCCUCGCGCCCCUCGCGCGCCUCGGCCUCGACGCCGCGCCGACGAGCCUCUGCCCCUCCGCGGACGGCGCGCUCGGCCUCGUCGCGACGGCCGCGGGCUCGCUCUGGUACUUCAACAACACGGCGUCCCACGACGAGGAGUUCCUCGCCGAGGAUUGACAGUUCCGGAUAACCCCAUUCCCUGUUU